AUGUUUCGUCGGACCCCCGCCGUAGCGCGCAAGGCGGUGAGCAAUUUCCUUCACGAACCCAAUCAAAAGCGCACGUUCAAGGAGGCGAUGGAGUAUUGUCAGCGGGAGAAUAUCGACAUGGCUAGUCAGCUAUCCUCCGAUUUUAUGCUGCUACAGUCGAAGUUGCUUAAAUAUCGCGUGGUACGGCUCGCGCAUGAGGUACAGGCGAUCUGGCAAAAGCCUUUCUCAUGCCUCCCAUCCAUUCCCGCGGCGUUAGGGCAUCUGAUUCUGCUUCCCGUUACGUUUACGAUAGGGUUCGUGGUCGGCCGCUGCUCGUUGGAGCCGUUGAUUCCGCCGCCGGAGAGCGAAUGA